AUUUCUUUACUGGUGAGUGGAAAUAUUGACUCUUAUGUGCAAUUGUACAAAUAUUCUCGCUCAUACCCUCAGUGCUUUUACCGAGGUAUCUAGCAAACAUGUCGUAGGAAUAGUAUUUGUUGGCACAGGUUAUAAACCGGGGAGCUAAAUUCAGCACAAUACCGGGUCGGUGGCAGAUGCACACCAUGCAGGUUAGAUGUAAGCUAGAGGCCGCCGGGAUUUUGUUUUGCCACCCAGACUGUGCUUUACGACGGAUGUCAUCUGGUCUCCCGUACGAGUAAUUACGUUUUUCCAUCUACAGUUUUCGCCGUAUACCUGACGGUGUGCGUUUAACGGGCUCGAGUCGUCGGUGGUUCUCCCUCGAGGUGAAGUGAACUGCCCCGCCCCUCCGUGCGCCCCACAAACAGGCAGGGAACACACACACCGCACCGAGCGAGCCCAACCGUAGGUAACGGAGAAGAUGGCAGAGCGGCAACAACAGAAACACGAAGGCAGGGUAAAGAUCGGCCAUUACAUCCUCGGCGACACACUCGGAGUGGGAACAUUCGGGAAAGUGAAGAUCGGAGAGCAUCAGUUGACGGGCCAUAAAGUGGCCGUAAAGAUCCUAAACAGACAGAAGAUUCGCAGUCUCGAUGUCGUGGGGAAGAUCAAACGAGAGAUCCAGAAUCUCAAACUGUUCAGACACCCACACAUCAUCAAGCUGUACCAGGUGAUAAGUACACCCACAGAUUUCUUCAUGGUUAUGGAGUAUGUGUCUGGAGGUGAACUGUUUGACUACAUCUGCAAAAAUGGACGGGUGGAGGACACAGAAGCUCGUCGUCUUUUCCAGCAGAUUAUCUCAGCUGUAGACUACUGCCACAGGCACAUGGUGGUCCACAGAGACCUCAAACCUGAGAAUGUCCUGCUGGACGCCAGCAAGAACGCCAAGAUUGCCGACUUUGGUCUGUCAAACAUGAUGUCAGAUGGGGAGUUCUUACGGACAAGCUGUGGCUCACCCAACUAUGCUGCUCCAGAGGUCAUCUCAGGAAGGCUCUAUGCAGGCCCAGAGGUGGACAUCUGGAGCUGUGGGGUGAUCCUGUACGCUCUGCUAUGCGGGACUCUGCCCUUUGAUGAUGAGCACGUCCCCACGCUGUUUAAGAAGAUCAGAGGAGGCGUCUUCUACAUCCCAGAGUACCUGACCCGCUCUGUGGCCUCACUGCUGAUGCUCAUGCUACAGGUUGACCCUCUGAAGAGAGCCACCAUCAAAGACAUCAGGGAACAUGAGUGGUUUAAGCAGGACCUGCCAGGCUACCUGUUCCCUGAAGACCCUUCAUAUGAUGCCACAGUCCUGGAUGAGGAGGCUGUCAGAGAAGUGUGCGAGAAGUUUGAAUGCACUGAGUCUGAGGUUGUGUCCAGCCUUUACAGUGGAGAUCCACAGGAUCAGCUAGCAGUGGCUUAUCAUCUUAUCAUAGACAACCGACGCAUCAUGACUCAGGCCAGUGAGUUUUACUUGGCCUCCAGUCCUCCCCAGGGCUCCUUCAUAGAAGAAGGCAUGCCACUGCCCCCUGGAGUCAAACCCCACCCAGAGAGGAUGCCUCCGCUCCUGGCUGACAGCCCCAAGGCUCGCUGUCCUCUGGAUGCUCUCAACACCACCCGGCCCAAACCUCUGGCAGUGAAGAAGUCCAAGUGGCACCUUGGUAUCAGGAGUCAGAGUAGACCCUAUGAUAUCAUGGCUGAAGUGUACAGAGCUAUGAAACAACUCAACUUUGACUGGAAGGUGGUGAACCCAUACCAUCUACGAGUGCGGAGGAAGAAUCCAGUGACGGGCAACCUGGUGAAAAUGAGCCUGCAGCUCUACCAGGUGGACAACAGAUCCUACCUCCUCGACUUCAAGAGCAUUGAUGAUGACAUCAUUGAGGCGGUGGGCUUCAAAUCGGGUUCGUCCACUCCUCAGAGGUCGGGCUCCACUGCCGGUCUCCACAGACCCCGACUGAGCAUCGACUCUGCAAGCCCUGCCAUUGAUUUGCCCCAGCUCAGCUCCUCUCUCCCUGGGUCCCUGUCCGGUAGCUCCCCUCAACUCACUCCACGUCAGGGAUCACACACCAUGGACUUCUUUGAAAUGUGUGCCAGUCUCAUCACCACACUCGCACGCUGAGGCCUGACGACUCCUGACCUCGCUGUAACCAGGAUGUCAGUGGGGUUUUUAAGCCAAUUGCAGAUCUGGGAUGUAGGGAGUGGAUGUGUUUGGAAUGGCUUCCUCUUUCUGUCUCCUCUCUAUCUCUCCAGUUGUAUUGGACUGGAUGAAGGAGAGAGAAAGAGGAGGCCUUUGGCAAAUGGAAGAUUAAUAGCUUUUUUUUCUUGUUUGAUGCAGUCCUUGGGUCAGAGUCGUGGUGCUCAAAACAUUGAGCUACAGCUGAUUCUGGGACUGGAAUCUGUGAACUACGUGAGACCAGCAAAGUCAGAAGCAAGAGGCCACAGUUCACAGCUGUGUCGGAGUCAGCAAAGGUCAAGUUCACCAUCACUCCUCCCACUAAUACCUUCAAUCUGUUAUCAACUGCUGAAAUGUCAUCACCCACCAUAACACUUAAUGGCUGGACAUCCUACUGAGUUUGCCCCAGACACUUGAUUGGAGGUCAGUUUUGCUUCUUGUUUAAUAUUUUGAUAUUAUUUUUAAUGUUUAGGGCUCUGGUUGUUAAAAUUGACAUUAAAUCUGUGUCUGCGGGAAUGUCACCACAUGUAAAAUUUUAUUUCAGGUUUUAUAUAAUAUGGUUUGUAAAGAAACAGCUUUUGUUAUUCAUGUAUAUUAUAUUUAUAUUUAAAUCAUAUUCGUAGCUGAAAAUGUUAGCAAACAUAUACCAAAUAUUAGACUUUCUAAUAUUUCUCAAAAAGAAGAUAAUUAUUAUUUAGAUAUCAGAUCCAUAUUUAUUUUUUAGAGAUUGUUUUGUAGGCACUGUAGUUGUAUUAUUUAAGCACUGCAUUGACAUAGAGUUUUAUCCUGAUUUGAGUAGAUUGCAGAUGAUAAAUGAACCUAACCUAAAUGAACCUAGAGAGUCUGCAGGAUAGUAGAGCGAUAAUACUCUGCAUGGUACUGACUGUGUGCUGCAUUUGGUGCUGAAAACAGACGCACCCCAUCUCACAUGACCGUAUUAUAUUAUUAUUAUGUGAGUUAUUUGAAGAGGGAUUAUCUUCACGUAUUUCAAAGACAACAUAUCUGGGCUAUCUUUUUCUUACACAGCCAUCAUCUUACUCAUUCAAUAAUUGUCACAAAUAUGCAAGACACAUACACACACCGACUCCUUUACACUUGAGUUGAGUCCUUAACAAAUGACAAUUAGAGUAACUGUUAAUAUGCCGCUCACCCAUGCAUGUACAGAAUGUAAUUAAAAAAACCUAGCAGGCCUGUGACAUCAGGAGGACAGACAUGUCAUUCUAAUGUCUGAUGUAUUAAAACAAAUCCCCACAUAUAUUAAUUUAUAAGUAAAGAGCAAAAAGCAAGCAGUAAUCAACAAAUUGAGACAAGUUAAUGAAUUCUGUGUCUGCAUUGUGUAUGAAUAAAUAAUGGUGAUGAUGAUAAAGCAGGAGGAAAAGAUGAAGAUGACAAAUCCAUGUGAGAUGGUGCGUAUCUGUUUCGGGAACUGUAUAAGCCACAGAAACCUUUCUCCAGUUGCCUUAAAGAAUGCAACACAGUAAUUCUGUGCAUAUGUACCUGUGCAUAUACGGAGAGUGUGUGCAUGAGCCAGUGUGUGUAUUGGAGAUCAGAUUGGUGGAGUAUGUCACAUGACUGUCAUGUUUUUUACUGACUUAACACUGGUAUGUUAGGAGGAUCUUUGCAGUGGUUUGUGAGAUCAGCAGAGUUUGUACAAAGUGCGAAUCAGAGAACAAAGGGACAAGUAUCAAAACAUGAUGCUUUGGUGUGCUGUAGCUGUUGGAGCUGUUUUCUGUGUGUGUGUGUGUAUCUUCUGUUUAACUGUUGUUGUCCGUUCAGUCUGCACUUUAAAACUCAUUUGCUGAGGUCAGCAGUUUGCAGGUUUACUGUUCAUUGCAUCACACAUUUUGGGUGGAUGCACAAACGUUACUGUAUCUGUUGAUUGUUGUUCUACAUGUAACUGAAUGCCAUGGUGUUAUUACUUUUAUAACUGUUCUGCAUUGUCCUGUCAGUCAUACCAUAGCAGUGUUGUGUAUUGCUGUUGUCUUGGAUAUUUUUUCAAACUCUUUUCUGACUGAAUGUAGAGUGAAAGCUGGUGCUGCUCAGACAAAUCCUCCUCUGUCUUUCUCCCCAGUUAUGUUCUCUUGGUUGGUGUUGUGAUGGAGAGCACUAGACUGUUGCCUUUCUACUGUUCUCAGUAUAACAUAGAGGAUGAAGGGGUAGUUCGUACUCUGCUGUAGACUGGUGUUUGUGAAAAAAACUAUAAAACCAUAUUUAAUAAAUAUUGUAUACAAGACA